AUGGUGAUGGAGUCUUCUGCUCUCACGAGAUGGAUCUUUCUGUCGAGGCUGGAGGAAAAGGUCCUCAGUCAACGAGCCAAGAUUCAUUGGUUAGUGAUAGGAGAUGGUAACAAGAAGAUGUUCCAUCGAGCUGCAAAGGUCCGAGAGAUCAGAAACUCAAUCAGAGAGAUUAAGCGUGAUGAUGGAUAUAUUGCGGAUAACCAGGAAGAUAUUAAACAAGAAGCUGUGGACUACUUCAGUAAGUUCAUGAGCCAUACUCCUCCGGACUACACUGGAAUAAGCACAAAGGAGCUAAAAUAUCUUCUCAACUAUGAUUGCUCUGAAGAGGACAUGAGCAUGUUCACUGGUGAGGUUUAUGCGGAGACGAUUAGGAAAGUUCUGUUUGGAAUGGCUGCAGAUAAAUCCCUGGGUCCUGACGGGGUUUCCUCUGAAUUCUUUCGCGCAACAUGGACUAUUACUGGUGGAAAUUUCGUCCAGGCGGUGCAAUCUUUCUUUGAUAAAGAAUUGGUGAAGAGCUACCACAAACCCACAGUGUCAGCGAGAUGUGCUGUAAAAAUAGACAUCUCUAAAGCCUUUGCUCCUAUCAACGGAGCGCUCGCUGGAUAUUUCAACAGUAAGAGAGGACUGCAGCAGGGGUGUGCUCUCUCGCCUUAUCUCUAUGUGAUUUGUUUGCAAGUCUUGUCCAAACUCUGGGAUAAGGCUGCAUUACAAAGCCGCAUUGGUUAUCAUCCUUACUGCAAGGAUCUAACCCUAUCCCAUUUAUGCUUCGCUGAUGAUGUUCUUGUGUUCUCGGAUGGGAGGAAGAGUUCUAUUGAAGGUAUUUUUGAGGUAUUCAAGGAGUUUGCAAAGAUGCCGGGUAUGUGUCUCAGUCUGGAGAAGUCUACGCUCUUUCUAGCAGGUGUAAAGGAGGAUGUUAGCACUGAGAUUCUGGAUCAGUUUUCAUUCGAAGCAGGUUCACUUCCGGUUUGA